AAAUUGCUGUCAAAAGCAAAAGUUUCUAGGGUGUGUAUCGUCUCGUUUUUCGUAUUCACAAAAUUUAUUAACUAAAAAAUAGGAGAAUUACCUUAAUUUUCACAAAGGCGCUGCAGCUUUUCAAGAAAUCCUAACCAACCACCACUUAAUUGAAAUAUCAAUCAGCAAAAUAAAUAAUAAAACCAAUUUUAGUUUAAUUUCCUAUUAGUUAUAACCAACACAAUCACAACCAUCAAUAUCACCAUUAAACAACACUCACAUUCAAAACAAGCCCCUGUGGCACUUGCAAAACAUAGAGAACUCACAACAUUUGAACGAAAAAAAUUAAAUUUCUUUAUCAACGUCAUCUAUUGUGCGAAUUUUCCACCAUAGGCCUAUCCGAGACAGCCGUUAUGGACGUAAUGUCAUCCUCACUGCAACAACAACGUAUCAUCGUCGAGCAGUUGCGUCGCGAAGCGGCCAUCGUGCGUCAACCGGUCUCCGAGUCUUGCGCUCAGAUGAUCAAAUAUAUCACCGAACACGAGCAGGAGGAUUACCUCUUGACUGGCUUCUCCAGUCAAAAGGUCAAUCCCUUCCGUGAGAAAUCCUCUUGCACUGUACUUUAAACUGUUUACAACAACAUUAAUCAAUAUGCAAAUAUAAAUUGCAAGUCGUCGUUGCCAAUAUUGAGGCGGGGGAGGUGUACUAAUGCAGCAAGUUCUUGGCUGAGGAAUAUUUGAGGGAAUAUGAAAAACAACGUUUGACGAAUAAUUGGAUUGCUUGGAGAAAAUCUUUUGGCUGUUCACUUGUCAGUUUCGCGAGUGUCUAUGUUUGCAUGCGUGCGGCGAUGUAGAGUUUGGAUAUCUACUAGCAGACAACAAAGAAACACUAGCUGCGAUUGCAAGCACCGAGCUGCGAAAUGGUGAAAGGGGAGGUAGCGGACGCAUUUGAUUUGAAGUUGAACAAUAUCUCAAGUACCAUGGGACAAUUAAGUACACAUAUGUAUUAAUUUAUAAACCAAUUGCAAACGAUAUAAUUAAUGCAAAUAAAUACAGACAAAUAUAUCUACUUAUACACACUCAGAUAUGAAUAUGCACGUUAGCAUUUGAUGAUGAAUUAUAUACUAAAACACAAAUCUUAUACAACACAUCCGUACAUAUUAAAUACAGACAUAUAUAUAUAUUUAUGUAUCUACUGUUUGUAAAAAAUCUGAAAAGGGUUAUGCGAACGAGACAAGUGUGGCGAGAGAAAAAAUCUAUAGACUAGCAAAUUUAAAACCACCAUUGAACAAAACCACCACAACAUUUAUAAUAAACCCAAAUGACGGACUCGUGAAUUUCCAAAAACCAUAUGGACACAAUAACUUCCUACACCAUUGGACACAUACUACUACAUUUCGCGCCUACACCAGACAGACCUACAAGAUGAACUAGUGCCACUUCAGCACACUUUCAAA